GGGGAGGUGGACAGGCCAGUCAGCUGGACAAGGCUACCAUUGCCCAGUGGAGGAAAGGAGAGCACGGGUCAGCCUUUGCCCUGGGAAUCAUGAGUUCCUGCAACACUUGGGUGGAGGGAGGCCAGAGACGUAACAGAGAGCCAAGGAUCCCCAUUGAGGGUCCACAGACCUGGGAGAGGUGUUCUUCCCCUCCUCCCAGCUCCUGUGCCUUGUGCCAGAGGAACACGUCCCGCCACCAUCCUCCCAUUCCAAACCUUCCUUGUGUCCCCCACUCUUGAGGCUUUGCACAGCCACAAGAGCCAUGGGACUGAGGAUAGGCAGGAAGCAAUGCUGCCACUGUCCUAGUGUCCUCACUGGUGCCACCAAGGGAGGCAGCCAAUGGUGGCAGCCUCCCCGGGGGGAGGUGUGUUUUCCCUUCCCAGGCAUUAACCCCUGGCAGAUAAGAGGGGCCCCGGGUGAGCAAACAAGGCCAAGGCAAGGCGAAAACACAUGUUCUGCCAGGAGAGCAGCCCAGUGCCCAGGGCUCUCUGGCACUUGCUCAAAGGUGACAUGGGGACACAGCUAGCAGGCAGAGGGCAUUGCAGGGGGAGAUUGAUGGAGAUACAACAAUGGGGUCUUCGCAAGAAGGGGCUGAGUUGUGUAGGGUUUGUGCAUCUGCCUUUGGCAUCCUGACCACCACACACUGCUGGGGCCACACAGAUCCCAGCAUCCUCCUUGACAUCCUGUUCCCCUAGAGGCCAUGCAGCCCCACGGUCAUUGCCCCAGCACUGCAGCCUCCAGCACCGCCUGCCUCCCCCCAUGCUCAGCUGCUGCAUUCUGCAUUCACGCCCCAGCAAAGUACCUUGGGAUCCAGCCAGGGAAGGACAAACAAACCAAUACACAAAUAUUGCAUUUUUCCCUCUCUGCUCCUCCUCCUCCCUGAGAACUGUGCCAUACCUCAGGCCUCACCCUCUCCUGAAGGGAAAUCAAGAAGCUCUCCCAGCCACCCUGCAGCUCCUGGCACCCACCUGUGCAGCAGUUCCCAACAUUAGAUCAGCUUCCAGUAGCAUCUGGGAUGACCACAGACCCUCCUGGGGACACCUACUUGCCAUGACCAUCGUCAUCACCGGGUGAGAAAGUUUCCUGAAGAACUCACUUCUGCCAAGGCCACCAACUGCUGGGACAUCCCCACGCUGGGUGACUUCAUGAGCGUAACGUAGAGCAGGGACACAGGGGCAGGCAGCAUUGCCACCAGAUCAAAACCAAGGCAAGGCGAUUCGCACCUCCUGGUGAUGGGGAUGUGACAGGCCAUCCCGUUGCUGGAAACUGGUUUUGGGUUCUUUGGAAGGUGUGGAACAAGGAGGAUCAAGAUGAGCCUGGGGAAGCUGCCAGUGCUCAGCUGGGUGUCGGGCUCCCAUGGCAAGCGGCGGCUGAAGUCGGAGCUGACACCAGACAUGAUCAGCCCACCGCUGGGGGACUUUCGGCACACCAUGCAUGUGGGACGCGGCGGGGAUGUCUUUGGGGACACCUCCUUCCUCAGCAACCAUGGCGGGGCUGAGCCAGCCAAGGCCAACAACUUUUUUGCCCGCACACUGCGUCAUGUCCGACGGACACCACAGAGGAGACGGGGCAGCGGGAGCCAGGCAGGAGCAUCACCCGAACCCCCGGCCAUCUCACCCAUCAUCAAGAAUGCUGUGUCGCUGCCACAACUCAAUGAGACAGCAUAUGACAGCGAUGGUGGUUUGACCAGCAAGUACUCCUUCAAGAAUGCCUCAAACAGACUCUCCAAAGCACACCAGACCUACGGGCUGGAGUCUGGGUUUUGCACCAUCCCUCGUGUCCCUCGCCUGGAAAAGGCUCAGGAGAGCACCUUCCCUGGGGAAGAAGAGCUGGAUCGCUCAGACUCCCUGCUCUCUUUCCGCCUGGACCUGGGGCCCUCUCUCAUGAGCGAGCUCCUCCAGGCAAUGAGCUUCUCUGAAACCAAUGGGAAUCAGGUAGCAGAGGAUGGCCAAGACCCACCUGGCAGCUGUGUGCUCCCACAUAGUGAGGGAACCAAGGACGGAGACCCUCCAGGACCAGACACAUCCCAUGGAGAGCUGAAGGCAAAACCCAGCUUCUGGGACCACUCCGGGCAGGCCGGCUCACUUCUGGGACUGUCCAUCCGUGCCAAUGGACAGGCACAUGCCAUUGAGCAGCCCAGAGAGGAUCCAGCACAGGCCUCGGCACCAGGGGCAGUACCCGGAGGGACCCUAUGGCAGGGGCACUGGAACGACUGCUCCAUUGAGGCAGGAGAGUUCGAGCGGGCAGCCCAGGUCCUGGCUCGCCAUUAUGGGGGGACAAGCACCCCACGCAGCUCAGAGAAGGGUGAGGGUGCCCGGCAAGUCUGGACACGGGCUGCCUGGGAGAGCCCCAGCAGCAAAUCGUGGCAGCCACAAGUAACAGCAGCCAGACCGUCCCCGGAGGACACCUGGGACCAAGGAGAGGAGGAGGACGAGGAAGACGAGCUCCCCAGCCUGCAAGAGGGGUACGUUGGCACCCGGGGGGGCCGCAGCAAUUCUUUCGAGUAUGCCGACGAGGAGGAGGACGAUGAAGUCAAGGUGUGAAUGGCCAUCCCACCAUCACAGCCCCACUUCCAAAGACAUCAGUGCGGUGGUCAUCACCUUCCUUCUUAUCCCCCACCUCUGGUGGCAGACCCAGCAGGCAACUUCCUGGCCUUCACCAUAGGGCAGCAGAGUGCAAGGCGGGCAGGAGGGGGCCCCAUUUCCCGCAGGGCCCCCAGGUCUGGCAGGGUGCUGCAAGGAGGGGUGAGGGCUGUGCACUGCACUGUGCCAAGCUACAGCCCUUCUCUUUCCCUAUUAGAUGCCAAACAAACAUUCCCAUGUGCCAAAGAAACCCUCGAGCCCCUUCCCACCCCAACCCACAUCCCCCCACAAGCAAACAAUUUGCUCAGGAAAGGAAGCAGUAGUGACAAGCAGGGAUCAGAGAGAGCCCACAGACACUGAGCUCGAUCCCUUGGUGCAAAACCCUGCCCUGAGAAGGUAGGGGUGACCAUGGAGGUGGCAGUGGCAGCCAUGGAGGUGGCAGUGGCUGCACCAGGCACCCAGCCAGCAUUCCUCUUGUGGUACCUUCCCCUUGCCUCCUGCUGCUGAACAUCACUGAGGAAGUCUCUUUGUCCUUGCAGGGAGUCUCCUUGCAGCAGGGAGAGGGAGAAACUUUGUGGUUUGCCAGAGGUGAGACUGUCUGGGCACCAAAUACUGCCUUAAAAACUCCCUUUCCCUUCAACCCACCUCACAACAAGGAGACUCCCUCUCUGCAGCCAUUAUUCCCCACCCUUGUCCCUCUACCCAUCCCCCCCCCAAACACCCCUCUUUGCAGAGUGCCUUGUCCCAAGGACACACACGGAGGAUGCUGAGUGCCCCUCUCUGAGCAUCCCCGGGUGAUGCAGCCACCCUGGGACAAGCGGCCUCCACGUUGCCUAGCACAGAAGCGCCUUUGUGCCGUGGUGUGGAGCCAAGAUGUUCGGGGGCUGAGGUCACCAGAAGGACCCUCACAGCACCCUCCUUGUUCUCCGGGACAGACGGGGGUGUACAGUGGGGGGAGAUGCCAUUGGGCUGCGCUCCUACGUGGCUCACCCGCCGCCUAGUCCUUGUGCAGAAUAAAGAGGCUCCAGCGUGCGCGUGCUAUACGUGGGAGCCAGGCAGUCAUUGCAGGCAGGUUAAGGGCAAGCCCUCCUCCCUCAGCCCCCCCAGAGCAGUGCCAACACGUUCCCAGCUCCAACCAUCAGCACUCAGCAGGGCCAUGCAGGGUCAGCAUCCAGCCCGUGCCAGGGAGAUGGCUCUCAGGAUGAGCUCCCCCUGUUCUCUGCUUCUUGGACUGUGGCACAAGCUCCAGACCAAAGACCUACGUCUGUGAAACAGCCUUUCUGCCCCCACUCUGUACCCCGUGCACUUAUUGUCCUUAUUAAAGCAGUUUUGAUACUAACUUCUCUGGUGCAUCCCUCCCUCAGUUGCAGCAACCUUAUCAUCUUCCCUCAACCACUUUGGUCGAGCCACUCUGAUCCCUGUGGGAUUUCCCAGCACCUCUCCUAUAAGUUGGGCUUGUUCAGCCUGGAGAAGAGAAGGCUGCAGGGAAACCUCACUGUAGCCUUCCAGUAAUUGAAAGGAGCUUAUAAGCAGGAGGAGGACUGGCUUUGUACGCAGUGUGAUAGUGAUAAGACAAGGGUGAAUGCUAUUGAACUAAAAUAGGGAAGAUUUAGAUUAGGUGAUAGGAGGAAAAUUCAUUACUCAGUGAGAGGUGAGCUGCUGACACAGAAUGCUCAGAGAAGUUGUGGGUGCCCCAUCCCUGAAGGUUUGAGGCCAGGUUGGAUCCUUAGGCAGCCUGAGCUGGUGGUAGGUGGCAGCCCUGCCCAUGGCAGUGGGGAGGAACUGGAUGAUCUUUAAGGCCCCUUCCAAUUCAACAUAAACAUCACAUGUUGACCAAUGAGGGCAAGGAGGCGAUGCUUGUCCUCACAUUCAGCCCUCCCCUGCUCUUCCUCCCAGCGCUGUUGGAGGCAUUGCAAUCUCUCUGCUUCCUCAUUUUCUGCAUAUUUCAUUCUCCCUCCCCAGGGACAUUGGGAACAGGACUGACCCAGCACACUCCAGGCCUGCCUACAAGUCCCUGCAACUGGCGUGAUGCUUCUUAAUUAGAUCAGUGGCAUCAGAUAAUCAAGCACUAAUAGCCUGCAGUCCCAUGUGAGAGACGCAAGUAGGAGCUGCCUAACCCACCCAAAAACACUCCUUCCUCACCGCUCUCCCCUGCCUCACUUUCCCUUCAAGCAGGCUACAGCGUGGUAAUGUCAGAGUAAUGGGUAACCUAUCUGGAAUGCACCAGCAGAUAAGUGAGGUGAGAUAAGGGGGAAAGCCAGAGACAACCCCUUAUCACAGUAGGAAUGCCAGUAUGGGGCACAGCUGUGUUCCCAUCCCCACACAGCCUGGCACUAUACUAGCAGGAGGGCACACAGCUCUUCCUUCUACCUAUCAGAGCAAGCAGCCAAGAGGAAAUGGUGAAGCCAUGCCCUGAGGUUCCCAAACCUAAUGUUUAAUUAUGUACUUUUGUGGCACCAAAUGCCACAUUUCUCACAUCAGUCUUUUUGUUCCCCCUCCUCCCCCCUCCUCUCCCAAAAAUGUGGGUGCAAGAAGAAAUGGUGCAUUGUGACAAGGCUCAGCAAGCAUUCCCUGAGCAAUCAUAUCCUGUCUUCCUUUUCCUUUUUCUUCUCCACCCGAACUCCACCUCCAGUGUGUUUGGCCCUGUGCACUGCUCAACCCCACAU